AUGAUGGGAUAUGAAAAUUCCGUGACCGUAAGCAUAAAAGGGAAAGAGAUUGAGCUACAAAAGAUCUUCACCGUCUUCACAACCCUUGACUUGUCACAUAACUCUUUUCAAGGGGAUAUCCCAGGAGUCAUUGGACAUCUUCACUCUCUCAUAGGGCUCAACCUUUCUCAUAACCACCUUAAUGGUUCCAUUCCUGUGAUUCUAGGGAACUUGAUUGAACUUGAAGGGCUCGAUCUAUCUUCAAACAUGCUUAGUGGGGAAAUUCCUAAAGUACUGGGAGAUUUGGCAUCCCUUGGAUACUUAAACCUCUCCAAGAACCAACUAAUGGGACGCAUACCUCAAGACAAGCACUUGAGCACAUUUUCAAAUGACUCGUUUGGUGGGAAUCCCGGCUUAUGUGGAACUCCCUUGCAAAAAGCAUGCCUUGGCGAUGCUCAACCUUCGCCGCCAUCGUCCUCGUCAAGUUUCAACCACAAAGGGCAUGAGAGUUGGUUCAAACAAAAAGAAGUGUGGAUCGGUUAUGCAUCUGGAAUCGUAAUUGGGAUUUCCAUAUCUUACAUUGCGUUUGAAACGGGAUGGCCCAAAUGGCUUGCGCGAGGUGUGAGAAUGCUGGAGAGAAGAGUAGCUGAGUGGAUGGAGACGCCAAAGCGGAAGGCCAUCAAAUUUCUUGGACAAUGA